AUGCCUAUUGAGGAAGUUAGGCAAAAACUGCAGAAAGAACUCAUCGGUCGGCAAAAGCAGAUAGAACUGCUUGUUAGUCUUUUUGGAGAGAAACAUGAAAUGACAGUACCAUCGUUAUUCAUUUAUGGUCAUACAGGAAGCGGAAAAUCUUUGGUCAUUUCAAGAAUUCUGGAAGAACUUGAGGGCAAUGUGGUAACAAUAAAUUGUAUAGAAUGUUACAGCCAAAAGGUCCUUUAUGAACAAGUGCUAGAGAAAAUCACCAUCCUCACAGUACCCGAGGGUGCUCAUCAGGGUUAUAUUAAAUGUGAUAACAUGAAUGAUUUUGUUAAGCAUUUAACUUCUUCAGUGAAAGAACAGGAAAUCCAAGAGGAAACUUUGUAUAUUAUCUUAGACAAAGCAGAAAAACUAAGAGACAUGGAACCACAUAUUCUUCCAGCUUUUCUCCGCUUACAAGAAUUUACUCAACUUAAUAUUUGCGUGAUAUUUUUGAGUGAGAUAAUUUGGGAAAAAUUCAGAUCAAACACUGGUAUAUGUGAGCCUUACACAGUGUUCUUUCCAGAUUAUACUAAAGACGACAUCUUUGAAAUCCUGUGCCUUGAUUGUCCUGAAGAAUAUUGCAAAGAAUUCUAUGCGUCUUACAUUAACCUUCUUCUUAGUGUCUUCUUCUAUGUCUGCAGAGAUCUCAAAGAAAUUCGACAUUUGGCUUCACUAAAUUUUGCCAAAUUUGAAGAACCCAUAAAGAAAGGUGAAGCUACAGUGAAUGAUACUCGCAAGCUCUGGAAAAAUAUUGAACCACACCUGAAACGAGCUCUCCAGACUGUCUACCUGCGAGAAGUGUCCAGCUCUCAAUGGGAGAAGAUUCAGCAGGAAAACAUUGCUGGCCAGGAGGUGUCAGUUCCAUCUUUACAUUACCGCUGCUACCUUGAGUUACCGUUUUACUCCAAGUACCUUCUCAUUGCUGCUUACCUGGCAUCCUACAAUCCUGCCAAAACGGAUCGUCGAUUCUUCUCCAAGCGCAGUGAAAAAAUGAAAGGAAAAUUUAAAAGGAAUAAUGAGCGUAAAAGCAACCACCUUUUGGGUCCUAAACUCUUCACAAUGGAUCGGCUGUUGGCCAUAUUCUACUCAAUUGUUGAAGGAAGAGUUGCUCCUUCAGCUGAUUUAUUUAUGCAGAUUUCUUCACUUGUGACUCUUCAUUUACUUAGCCAAGUUUCAUCUGACGAUCCACUUGAAUUACCAAAGUACAAAUGUCUGGUGUCACUAGACACAAUCAGAUCCAUCUCACGAACCGUGAACUUUGACAUUCUUCGUUAUCUCUAUGAUUUCCUCUGA